UGAGUUAAUAUUUUAUUUUGCAGUUGCGAACAAAAUGCAUCGCUUUCUUCUUGCAAGCGUUUUAAUUUUGUGCACGGUUUUCACGGGAUGUUUUGCCCAGUCAGGUUACGAGCCGAUAGAUAUAAACACGUUUACGUCACGCCGUAUUAUGCUCGUAGCAGCGGAGCAUAUUGGAGUUGAACUGACUAGAGAAAUUUCAGCUUUUAAAAAGAUCGAUGAACCGUGGUACAUUGUGAAUUUCGAGGGAAGUCACCCUUCUGGCUGGACAUGGACAUGCACUGCGAAAGUGCACGAGCCUUCAAUCGGACGCGGAUAUGUCGUGUGGUGGAGAUGCAGAUUCUGAUGAUGAAGCUUUCAAACUUUCUUGUUAUAACCUGGUCUAAUGUACUUUAACCAGAAUAUAAUUAAGGAAAACAUUCAA